UUAAAAAAAAGCGAUAAUUUUCAUCUUCUCUACCUGGUCAUCCAUCCGCGGGACCCAAACAACCGAUUAGGGAUUUGGGAGCCGUGAAUUGCAGCGCACGAGCGAUCCCUCUUUGUGCUCUUCGACUCGGGCCAAUUUCUCAGCCAUGUCGUCCAAGCAAGGAGGGAAAGCAAAGCCGUUGAAGCAACCCAAGGUUGAGAAGAAAGAAUAUGACGAGAAAUCAGGAUACUGGAUUGUUUGUUCUUAAACAUUAGGUGGAAUUUGCCGUAACGAGUGAAUCGACAAGUCCAAUGCCUUUUUUUUGUUUUGGCUAAAUCUGACUAGUAGAAUGCCUCUCCACCUUGUAUUGUGCCCAAAGAGAGUUUCUUCAUGUUCGUUUCUCUCCUACAUCAAAUCUGUAUUCGUUGGUUCAUCUUCUCUUUCUGGAACGUCCCAUUUCUACUUAUGUUCAUCUCGGAACCAGAGCACUAAAGCCCACUCAGUCCGACCAUCUCCAAGACCAGCUCUUGAGCCCACUUUGGAGCAAUCGCUGGUGUCUUACUAUGCUUCUCUCCUUCAAUCUUGCGUCAUCCGAAAGGCGAUAGAGCCUGGAAAGCAGCUUCACGCUCGUAUGUGGCAAAUGGGUAUUAGUUUCAACCCUCUCUUGGCUACUAAACUAGUGAAUCUUUACUGCAUUUGCAACUCUUUGACAAAUGCUCAUCUCUUGUUUGAUAGAAUUUCCAAACGAAAUCUGUUCCUUUGGAAUGUUAUGAUUCGAGGUUAUGCUUGGAAUGGACCAUAUGAGGUUGCAAUUUCGCUUUACUACCAAAUGCAAGAUCAUGGUCUUGUGCCCGAUAAGUAUACCUUCCCAUUUGUGCUCAAAGCUUGCUCUGCUCUCUCUGCCAUGGAAGAGGGAAAGAAGAUUCAUAAAGAUGUCUUACGCAUUGGGUUGGAGAGUGAUGUAUUUGUUGGUGCGGCCCUAAUUGAUAUGUAUGCUAAAUGUGGUUGUGUAGAGGGUGCUCGACAGGUGUUUGAUAAAAUUGAUGAGAGAGAUGCUGUGUGUUGGAACUCCAUGCUUGCAACUUAUUCUCAAAACGGGCAACCAGAUGAGUCACUUGCUCUAUGCAGAGUGAUGGCGUUUGAUGGGGUGAAGCCCACUGAGGGGACACUUGUCAUCUCCAUCUCAGCUUCAGCUGACAAUGGCCUUCUACCUCAAGGGAAGGAGCUUCAUGGUUAUAGUUGGAGACAUGGAUUUGAGUCAAAUGACAAGGUGAAAACUGCAUUGGUGGAUAUGUAUGCCAAGAGUGGCUCAGUUAAUGUUGCUAGGAGUUUGUUUGAGAUAUUGGAGGAGAAGAGGGUAGUCUCUUGGAACGCCAUGAUCACUGGGUAUGCAAUGCAUGGUCAUGCUAAGGAAGCUUUGGACUUGUUUGAGAAGAUGAAAGGGAAAGCUCUACCUGAUCAUAUAACUUUUGUUGGAGUUCUCGCUGCCUGCAGCCAUGGAGGGUUGCUUAAUGAAGGGAAGAUGUAUUUCAGAUCAAUGGUAAGUGAUUACAUUAUAUGUCCGACUGUUCAACACUACACUUGUAUGAUUGAUUUACUUGGUCAUUGUGGUCACUUGGAAGAAGCAUACAACCUCAUAAUGGAAAUGAGAGUAGAGCCAGAUGCUGGUGUCUGGGGUGCGUUGCUUCACUCGUGCAAAAUCCAUGGCAAUGUGGAGAUGGGUGAGCUAGCACUAGAGAAGCUGAUUGAGCUUGAACCUGAUGAUGGCGGGAACUAUGUUAUUCUGUCAAAUAUGUAUGCUCAAGCUGGUAAUUGGGAAGGAGUUGCAAGACUAAGGGAUCUAAUGAUGGAUAAGGGCUUGAAGAAAAGUAUUGCUUGUAGUUGGAUAGAAGUGAGAAACAAAGUUCAUGCCUUCUUGUCAGAAGAUACUUCUCAUCCUGAGUCUGAAGCAAUCUAUGCCGAGUUAAAAUGGAUAGGGAAGUUGAUGAAAGAAGCUGGCUAUGCACCGCAAAUUGGGUCAGUUUUCCACGAUGUUGAAGAUGAUGAAAAGGUUGAUAUGGUGUGUUGUCAUAGUGAAAGAUUGGCCAUUGCUUUUGGACUCAUCAGCACACCUGUGGGAACUAAGCUCUUGAUUAUUAAGAACCUUCGAGUUUGUGAGGAUUGUCAUGUUGCAAUCAAGUUCAUAUCGAAAAUCACUGAGAGGGAAAUUACUAUUAGAGAUGUUAAUCGUUAUCAUCACUUCAAAGAUGGACAUUGCUCUUGUGGUGAUUUCUGGUGAACGGCUGGAUAAGAAUUUUGAAAACUCCAACUUGGGUGACAAACAUGGGAAGUAGAUGUAAUCUUAUUUUGCUAUGGAUGAGAAUUGAAGAAUUUUGGGUAUAACAAUUAAGGUAUUCUUGUCCAAAGUAAGGAUUUUCUUGCCGUGAAUAACCUUGAAUCAUUGGAAAUGAGAAAUUAAUUGUGAAGCAAAAGCAAUAACCUUGGCCAAUAAAAGGACCCUUUUACUCUUGAACUAAGGAAGGGUCGAGACAUUGAGCAGCUACCCUUUUCGCCUUCCAUUUCCAAAAAUAAAUAAAUAAAUAAAUAAAUAAAAGGUCAAGGGAUCAGUGGAAAAGGCUCGUAGAGCAUUUGAGUCUUGACUAAUAAACUUGAAAGGACUUCUUCGGCUUCCUCUUUCUUUUCUACAUCCGAACUGGCAAAUGAAGUCUUAAUGCUGUAAAGGAUUUUAUGCUUCAAAAGUUUCAAAUGUGGGGUGCCCACUCUCAGGUGGAUCUGGCCAAAAUUCAAAAGAAGAAGGAAGAGGAAAAGGCGCUCAAGGAACUUAGAGCAAAGGCUCAACAGAAGGGGACCUUUGGAGGUUCUGGCCUGAAGAAGAGUGGGAAGAAAUGAGAGUUCCCUACACAAUAUCAAUAUAUGUAGAACACUUGUGCUGAAAUUGCAGGCUUGUGAUGUCUUUUUGAUCAAUAAAUUGUUGACUGCUGCAUGAAUGCAUGAAUUUGAAUAAAGUAAAAUCCAACGUGAUCCUACUUUCUUGUUU